AUGAUUCCAAGCUACUUACGACGAUCGUUUCGACCUUGCUUAAGGGCCAUCAUUUACUUAGAAGAUCGUCAAACCACGACAACGUUUGUUUCUGUCCAUAGCAGGACUUCAUCAGGUGAUAGCUUAUUAUUAUAUCUACUAGAUAGUAACCCUGAAUUGCCUACAGUAUUUCGUCGAUUACCAUAUGCUUUCAUCGAUACCACUUUCUCCACUAUUUGCCAGUCAGACAGCUGGCCUGACAAUUUUUGGGUUUCUACUGAAUUUCAACGUGUAAUUGCAACUAAAGAAAAAUCAUUGAAUCCAUUUCUACGUCCUCCACGAUGGAUUAUCAUUUAUCGCAAUCAGCAUCUAAUUUUUCUCUCUGCUCAAGAAGCCAAUCAUUUGAUUGAUCGUAUAAAACAUCUAUGUUACAUUCAAAAAUCCGACGAACCACCUGUCACCACAGCACGCCUGAUUUUGCCUCGGAUUAGACGAGGUCAAUCGAUUUUAGUAAAUAAUACAAUGUUAACGACUUCUUCGUUAAAUAAAUUUCCCAGUCUUGAUAAUAGUUGGCUCAAUUAUUUGUCUUUAACGGUACUCUGUAUUUUGAAAAUGUUGAAGAACAAAGAGCCUAUUGCCAGUUGUUAA